CUCAAAACCAAAACAAAAACUCCUUAUUCCUUGUCGUAUGGUAUUUAUGACUUGUUUUUGCAUCUUCGUUUAUUAAAAAUGCAAAAAUUGCAUAAUAAAUCACAAAAAAUUAUGAAGGAGACCACCAGACCAAUAACAUAGGAAACAGUGAUUAUAAAAAGAAUUAACAUUUGCAUAAAGUUAAGUUUUUGGAGUUACAAGUUACAACAAGCCAAAUUGUGAAUUGUGAUCGAUUUCAAGUCAAUAAAUAAAUAUUAUUUGUUCCUUUGUCAUUCAUUCACUGUGAUCUAAACAAUGUCUUCGUCGGAUUCCGACGACGGGUUUUAUAGCAAUGUAAAUGUAUUUAAAAACAUAAGACUCGCUCGGGAGCAACUUCGAAAAAAUCUGGAAUUCCAAGAGGGUUCAACAGAAAAUAUCGGGAAAAGUCAUGAAGGCAGCAGUACUGUGAAUGACGUAAAUGUGGCCAAAAUUACGGAUUUACCAAAUACCACUAGGAAUGAUUCGUUUAUUGAUUCAGUUGAGGAUGACUUGAUUUUGGACGAAAUAAUUGCGAAAAACUCGAAGCCCGCCCGCGGAAGAGGCCGAGGGCGAGGCAGGAAAAAGAAAGAAUCCAUUGUAGAACCUCCAAAACCCCCUGAAGUUAGUAACACAAGAGGCAGAGGCCGAGGUAGAGGUGGAAAAAGAGGUAGGGCAUCGAAAACCAAUGUCACAGACACUGAACUAAGAUUAGACACAUCUGAAUUAUUAAAUGGCACAAGUAAUAGAAGAAAACGGAAUGGAACUAGCAGUUCAAUAUCAGAAGCAGAUGAUUCAAUACUUGCAAAUAUACUAAGUGUAUUAACAGGUAGAGGUAGGGGCAGAAAAAGGAGAGCAACCUAUUCACCAAACAGUUCCGUAGAAGAGGUAUUAGAAAGCUUACUAACUGGUAAUGUUAGUAGAAGAGGUCGGGGUACCCCAACCUCUCGACGAGGAAGAGGUAGCCCAUGGGGCAGAGGUAGGGGAAGGGUGGGGGGAAGAGGAGGCACGAGGCAACCAAUCAUGGAUAGACCCCUGGUUUUACCAAAUGUUAAUAUGAUUCCUAGUUAUCCAACAUAUAGUAUUGGUAAUACUGAUGAAUAUUAUGAUAAAUCGGAUGAUGUACCUUUAUUCAGUAAGCCUACCAGUACGCCCACCACUGUAACGGAUAAUGUUGUCAUGUUAGAUAGUGAAGAAACAGAUGCCGAGGACAACGAACCGUUAUCCGUGAAAGUCAUAUGGAGAAGUUUGGAAAUCUCUAAAUUCACGAUACGAAAAUACCAGAAGUUAACACAAAUAUUUGAUCAUUUCGCACAAAAGGAAAACGUUGGUAAAGACAAGUUACUGUUCACGUAUAACAAUAAAAUCUUUACUUGUGACGAUACACCAGCAUCCAUAGACUAUAAUAUCGCAAAGUUCAUAGAUGGAGGUAUCGUUAGUCAAAGUUUAAAAGACAUAGUGCAUGAAAAGACUAAAGUUAACGGAAUCCAGAUUAAAUUUCAGUGCCAGAAUAGUAAGAAGCCCAUUGAAAUAACGAUUGGGAAAGAUGAUAAAGUAUCGUUAGCAAUGACACAAUGCGCUGAGCGCUUGGAGAUUCCGUUGAAUAAGCUAAAGUUUGAAUUUGAUGGUGACGUCAUUGUAGGCACUAACACUCCACAACAGAUGGGUUUAGAAAAUGGAGACUGCAUUGACGUUAUCAUACUUAGCUGAAUUUAUUUACUACUUUAAAGGCCUUUUUA